UUGAGAGUAAAAAAAGGAAAAAAAAAUCAAAUUGAUUCGCCCUCGCCACCGUCAUUAAACCCUAAUUUCACUGAUCGAGAAAUUGAUUUUGAAUUAAUCACCCUGCUUUCCUACUUCCCCCUACUAGUUCAUUCGAGAUCUUCAGACAUGAAUUCAAAUUUAGUCGGCAAAAAAUGGAGCAUUACAUUACAUUUAUAGAAAAUGAAACGAAUCUUCUCCUUUCCCCUUCAUAUAAAUACGCCGUGUAUUGACACCCGGCGGGAAAACUUACAUUUUGCCCCAAAACCUUCCUCUUAAAAGUUAAAACCACCACUCUCUCCCCCAAUUUCCCUCAAUUCUAUCGAACCCUAAAAAUCCCAAAUCCCUCAAUUCUUUCGAACCCUAAAAUUCCCUUCCAAAUUCACUUCAAAAUCACUCCUUUACAACCAAAACCAGUGAACAAAAUCAAAAUCAAAUCAAAUCGAAUUUGAUUUUUAUUUUUACUCUCAAUUCAAUGGCGUUACCUCUUUCACCCGAGGAAAACGCCAUUUUUAAGCCGCCAUUACAGGUAGAUGACGUCGAUGACGAUAGAGACGACGUCACUACUCCGCGGAAGUACGUACCGCUAUGCGAUGUGUACUCUGCUACCUCCCCUUACGUCGGCGGCGCUAGUGGGAGUAAAAAAGUAAAAGCCGCUCGUAAAAUCACUCCCAAUUUGGAAACCGACGAUCAACGAAAAAGGAAACUUCCGAUUACUCAGUUUUACACUCGUCGGUGUAAAAGGAAACGACAGGAACCGUCGUUUUACGACUCGUUAGUUUCUCGAUCAGAGAAAUUAGGGUUUAAUGAUAAUGGCGAGGGCGAAAAUGAGGGCGGAGAAGAGGGAGUAGGUGUAAGAUAUAAGGAGAAGCAGAAGAGAAAGGUGAGUAAUUCAAAAUCGUUUUCUCGAUCGGUGAAUGUAGCUAAUUUAUCCGAUGAAAAUAGAGAAAACGAGGGCGAAGGCAAUAAAAUAGUUGUAAAAAGUAAGAGAAAAGUGGGCAAUUCAAAGCUAGAUAGAGAUAAUGGGAUAGAUGAGGGCGAAGACGAGGAACUGGUUAUAAAGAGUAAGGAGAAGCCAAGGAGAAAAUUAGGGUUAUGUGAUGGAAGUAGCGGAGACGAGGGCAGCGACGAGGAAAUGGCUUUAAAGAGUAAGGAGAAACUGAAGAGAAAAGUGGGCAAAUCAGGGAAUUUAUGUGAUGUAAAUAGAGAAUACGAGGGCGAAGAAGGGGAAAUGGUAAUAAAGAGUAAGGGUAAAGUGGGAAAUUUAAAGCUAGUUUCUCACUCGUCAAAGUUAGCGAUUUUUUCCAAUGGAAAUAGCGAAGAUGAGAGUGACGCGGACGAGGAAAUGGUUACAAAGAAUAAAGAGAAGCGGAAGCGAAAAGUGGCCAAUUCAAAGCUAGGUUCUCACUCGGCAAAAUUAACGAAUAGAGAAGUCGGGGCCGAAGACAAGGAAAUGGCUAUAAAUAGUAAGGAUAAGCAGAAGAGGAAUGUGGGAGAUUUGAAGCUAGUUUCUCACUCUGGAAUUGAGGGCGAAGAAGAGGAAAUGGUUAUAAAGAAUAAGGAGAAUUUAGAAGUAGUGAAUUUUUGUGUCAAGAGUGAGAGGGACGACGAUGGAGAAGAUGAUGGAGUAGUGGUUGUGAAGCAUAUUAAUAAGAAGAAGGAGAAGAAGAGGAGGAAGUUGGUUAAUCCGGAGCUGGCAAAUUUGGGGGUAGAUGCUAAUAUAAUCGGUCAGUUGAACGAGUCUUGUUCGAGAGGAACUCGAAAUAGUGCUGGUAAAAAUAAAGUUGACACCAAUCACGGUGGUGAUGAUUGCAAAAAUUCUAACUCCACGGGUAACAUUAAGAAGCGAAAGGAAAAUUGUAUUUUGGAGAAUCAUUUGAACAAUAAAAGCUCAGGGUCAAGGCGGACCAAGAAAUGGGUUUGGCUGAGUUUUGAAGGCGUUGAUCCCAAGAAAUUCAUUGGACUACAGUGUAAGGCAUAUUGGCCAUUAGAUGCUGAUUGGUACACUGGUCGCAUAAUUGGGUACAACUCGGAGACUGGACGGCAUCAUGUGAAAUAUGUAGACGGGGAUGAAGAGCAUUUACUUUUAUCAAAUGAAAGGAUCAAGUUUUCUGUUUCACUUGAGGAGAUGAAUCGUUUGAAGUUGAGACCCAGCGAUACGAGUCCUGAAACUGAUGCAAUUGAUGUUGAUGAGAUGGUUGUAUUAGCUGCUAGUUUGGAGGACUGUGAAGCUCUUGAGCCCGGAGAUAUUAUAUGGGCCAAGCUGACUGGUCAUGCCAUGUGGCCUGCCAUUGUUCUAGAUGAAUCUCUUGCUGGUGGGCGUAAAGGUCUAAACAAAGUUUCAGGGGAAAAUUCAGUUCUUGUGCAGUUUUUUGGCACCCAUGAUUUUGCUAGGGUCAAGUUAAAGCAAGUUAUCUCUUUCCUAAGAGGGCUUCUUUCUUCCUUUCACCUCAAGUGCAAAAAACCAAAAUUUGUUCAAGGUUUGGAGGAAGCAAAAAUGUAUCUUAGUGAACAGAAGCUCUCAAAGAGGAUGCUGCGGUUACAGAAUCGUAUCAAUGCAGAUAAUAAUACUGACAGCGAAGAAGAUGAAGGCAGUUCUGAUUCAGAGGAUGAAGGGGGGUUGAGGAGAAAGCUUGAGGAUGUCAAAAAUUGCCCAUUUGAAUUGGGGGACUUGCAAGUAGUUAGCCUUGGUAAAAUAGUAGAAGAUUCGGAUCUCUUUCGAGAUGAGAAAUUUAUCUGGCCAGAAGGUUACACUGCUGUGAGGAAGUUCCCCUCAGUAACAGAUCCCGGUGUACGUGUCUCAUAUAAGAUGGAGGUACUGAGAGAUCCUGAUUUCAGGACACGGCCUUUAUUUAGAGUUACAUCAGAUAGUGGAGAACAGUUUAAGGGAUCUACACCAUCUGCUUGCUGGAAUAAAGUUUACAAACGGAUGAGGAAGACACAAGUUGACAAUUUUGACGAAUCAGUAUCUGGCGGUGAAAGUGAAAGGACUUUUGGAUCGGGUUCUCAUAUGUUUGGCUUUUCUCAUCCUGAAAUUUUGAAACUUAUAAAGGAAUUAUCAAACUCCAGGCUUCUCGCAAAAUCAUUGAAAUUGGCGUCUUCGAAAAAUCAAGGCCUGCCUGCUGGAUAUAGGCCUGUCCGCGUUAAGUGGAAAGAUCUGGACAAAUGCAACGUUUGCCAUAUGGAUGAGGAGUAUGAGAAUAAUUUGUUUUUGCAGUGUGACAAAUGUCGAAUGAUGGUCCACGCUAGAUGCUAUGGGGAACGGGAGCCUAUGGAUGGAGUACUUUGGUUAUGCAAUUUGUGUCGUCCAGGGGCUCCAGUAGUUCCUCCCCCUUGUUGCCUGUGCCCUGUUAUUGGCGGUGCUAUGAAGCCUACAACUGAUGGACGUUGGGCUCAUCUUGCUUGUGCCAUUUGGAUACCAGAAACCUGCUUAUCUGAUAUAAAGAGAAUGGAGCCGAUUGAUGGUUUGAGAAGGAUCAGCAAGGAUCGCUGGAAGCUCUUGUGUAGCAUCUGUGGUGUUCCUUAUGGAGCUUGCAUUCAGUGCUCAAACCAUACAUGUCGGGUGGCUUAUCAUCCUCUUUGCGCACGGGCUGCUGGCUUCUGUGUUGAGCUUGAGGAUGAAGACAGAUUGCAUUUAAUCCCUAUGGAUGAUGAUGAAGAGGGUCAGUGCAUUCGGUUGCUUUCUUUCUGCAGGAAGCAUAGAGCUGUAUCUAAUGACCGUCCUGCUGUUGAUGAGUGUGUCGGACAAAAAGCUUGUGGAUAUUCAGACUAUACUCCUCCAUCAAAUCCUUCUGGAUGUGCUCGCAGUGAGCCUUACAAUUAUUUUGGAAGAAGAGGAAGAAAAGAACCUGAAGUCCUUACAGCUGCAUCUUUGAAGCGCUUGUAUGUAGAAGAUAGGCCAUAUUUGGUUGGUGGCCAUAGUCAGCACGAUCAAUCAAGCGACACAUUAUCUUCAUCAUUUGCUGGUUCUAGAUACAGUGUUGACCUUCAAAAGCUAAGGUGUUCACAGCUCGAUGUGUCAAGGAGCAUCCUUUCCAUGGUUGAGAAAUACAACUUCAUGAAAGAAACCUUUAGAAAAAGACUGGCAUUUGGGAAAUCUGGAAUACAUGGAUUUGGCAUCUUUACCAAGCUCCCUCAUAAAGCGGGAGACAUGGUAAUUGAAUACACUGGAGAACUUGUUAGACCUUCUAUUGCUGACCGAAGGGAGCAUCUAAUUUACAACUCACUAGUGGGUGCUGGAACAUACAUGUUUCGGAUUGAUGAUGAGCGUGUUAUAGAUGCCACAAGGGCUGGAAGCAUUGCACAUUUGAUCAACCAUUCAUGUGAACCAAAUUGCUACUCAAGGGUUAUAAAUGUCAACAGUAAUCCACAUAUAAUUAUAUUUGCCAAACGAGAUAUUAAACAAUGGGAAGAACUGACAUAUGAUUACAGAUUCUUCUCUAUCGAUGAACAACUCGCGUGUUAUUGUGGGUUCCCAAGAUGCCGAGGUGUAGUGAAUGAUACUGAAGCUGAGGAACGAAUGGCAAAGCAGUAUGCACCACGCAAUGAGUUAAUAGACUGGGGAGGAGAAUAAAAGAGAAAUUCUCCCUUCGAAGUGACGCGUCUUUGGUCGCUUGCUCCUUCUUGCGGUAUUGCCAACUUCUACCUGGUUCAGAUGCCCGUAUAUUGCUCCAGGGCUAGUGAUUUUCUUCUGCCUUUUGUGCUUAGGCUUGAGUUGUUCUGGAACUUCUUUGCGGCUUUAUACAUUCCUCCGCUUCUCGUUCUGAUCAUGGGCGUCUCUGUACAGAAUUGCCCAAUUAGUCUGUCUAUUCUUUCUAUUCACUUAUGUCUUCCUCAGUCAGUACCCAUACUGCCUAAUUCUCUAAGAAAUUUGAGAUGUUGUCAAUGCAAUGAAGAUGCCAUUCUCUGAAUCUCGAGCUUUUUUUUUGCGGGUGUGAUCAACCAUGUGUACAAUUUUAAGCCUCAAUUUUCUUCAACAUCCAGGAGUAAAGGCCUCAGAGCGGGGAAAAGACUGGUUGAAGGAAAUACGUUUUCUUUAGCUCAUAGUUCCUUAAAUAAUCUCCUCUCGCCUCAGAGAUAUGUAAUUCUGAUGAGAAGUUAGAAAAUGGAGCAGGAGCCGGACUGGGAGAUGGAAGAAUGGAUGAUAAAUUUUAGUGAUAUAACAGGACCACAAAGAUCAUGAAAUGCUGAUCGAUGGUUUAGAGUGGAGUAUCAAAAACUUACUUGCAAGAGGUUUUAGAUUUCACAAUUCUUUGAUUUUUCAUGAAGUGCAUAAAAGUAAAAAAGCACAGGUGAUAAAAAAGCACAGGUGAUCUUAUAUAUCCUAGAUAAGACUUCACUGGGCAUGUUUGGAUUUCUAUGUAAAUGUUGAAGGAGUAUCUUCACAAGUCAAUGAUCUAAUUGAUUUUUCCACCACGUUUCUGCACUAUUACUUUUAUGUAGACUGUUGAUGUUGCCAAUGAUUUUUUAUCUUCAUUCCAACUCCUCCCCCUCAAAAUCUAUGCUUCUGCUUUCCUUCAUUAGUUUGGCAGAUGGUAUGAACAUGAAAUUCUUUGCUUCGUGUACUAUGAUUCUGCUCUUCAGUGGUCCUGCCAUGGAGUUCAGUAUUACAGAACUAAACAUGAGUUAUUUUUACAUUGCUAUUGUUCAGUUAAUUCUCAAUAGCAUGUGCUACAAGAUUUGAACUACUCAAUUCCACUUUAAUACAUCCCAACGCUCAGAAGAAAUUCAAAAUUAGUUCUGGCCUUCUCAUCUCUGUAAUGGAAGUUAGUUGGAAUCUUUAUAUUCUAUUUUAAAUGGGAGAACUAAUGUAUUUCUGAGCAUGUUCCCUUUUAUGACUUCUCUAUUAUGUUCACAUAUGGUCUAAUCUUUCCAUCGGUGCAGUUUUCAUCUUUUCCUAAAGCUCAGUCUUGUUAAAGUAAUUUGAUUUUCCGGGUCAUUUCUCAAGUUACUAGGAGAUGUAUUUGUUUCUGUAUUCGCUAGUUUUGACUGGAUGAUUAAACACAUGGCAACUGAACUUCCCAUAGUUAUUAUUCGCAACAAUUUUUAGUGGCUGCAUCCUCUGUUAUCUAAAUUUUUAGUUGGGUUUUGAUUUGCUCUCAUCGCAUAUUUAUAUCCUUAUCUUUUCUGAUUGGGAUCAACUCCAAAUGCAGCCUCAAGAACAUCCAUGUUUAAAGCCACUGGGUGAAUCUGAACCACUGACUGUAGCAUGGGUGUCUCAGAUCUGUUCGUAUGCUCAGGUAAACCUUCACGCAUACAAACUCUUCCUAAGGUUGCAUCCAGAAGUUGUGGAAAACAUGUGCUUGUAAUCUCGAAAAAGUGAGUAUUCAAGGAAAAAUGAUUGAUUUUUUUGAGAAUAACAAGGGUGAGUUCAACAACUUCGAAAAUCUAAAGUGGUUGGAACAUUUGAAGUUGUUGACUGAUAUUGGCUCUUUGAGGAAAGUUUCUUCAUCUUCCUCUAUAAUUCUUCGGCUCUCUAUGCAAACUGAAGAAUUUAACUUACCCACAUACGAGGUCAGCUUAGACUGGGGCGAAUAGACUGCGAUACGGAGAUUUUAACCAACUCAAGGUACUGUGGAUUGGAAGGCAGACCUCAAAUCUUGGAAGGUUGUAAAUCUUCAAUUUUAGAAACUUUAGUACCUUGUUAUUAAAUCCCGCGAUGAGUGUGAGACUGUGCCUAUUGAGUUGGUUGAUGUGCGCAGCCUGCACGUGAUGACGUGGACAACACAAACAUGGAGAUUAAAUAUGCAAAAGCCAUUCAACGCAGGAAGCAAGCGAUGCAUCAAGAACACAUACAGAAAGCAAAUUUGGAGUAGAAAUCUUAGAUAAGUAAAAGAGUCGAAUUCUAGAGUGUUUCAAAUUUAAGCUCAAUAUAUUGUGCGCCGUUUAAACAACUGAUUGUAAUGCUACACAAUGACGUUGAAAUGGAAGGUCAGAUUCUUUUUGUUUUGACAUGA